AUGAGCGAAUGCCAAUCUAGCUUCUUUGUUAAUCGUGCUUGCGCCUUCAUAAAUUCCGGAAAUGAUCCCAUGAUUCAAAGUCAGGUGAUCGAUAAUCCGCAACUUAUCAAACUUCCAUUCCCACCAGAAAUUAAUCCACAUGAUUUAGUUAUUUUCCACCUCGAUGGUCGUGUGCCCAAAACUGCUAAUGCCUUUAUGAUUUAUCGAAAACUGUUUGUUGAAACUGCUCGUACAAGCGGUUAUAACUUACCAAUGAGUAUUAUCUCUCUAAUGGUAUCUCGAUCAUGGGAACAAGAGCCUGAAGAAGUAAAAAAUGAAUAUAAAAGAAUUGCAAAAGAAGCCUUCAAUUAUCGUAAUGAAUUAUUUCCUAAAAUAAAACCUCAAAAGAAGAGAGAUCAAUGGAAAACUGUUUCAUUUGAUAAACCUUCUGUUCGUAAAGUUAGAAUUCCUAAACCUAUGAAAUCU